AUGGAUGUUCGUGAAACAGCUCGUCGUUAUAAUGAUCAAGUAAAAUUAGCAUUAGUAUUAUCGUAUAUAAGUGUUUUAUGGAUAUUUGCAAUAUUAUUUCCAUUACCAAUGUCGUCAUCAUUAUUUGUUCAUAAUCGAACCCGAGCUGCAUUAGCAUCUGGUGUAAGUGAAUGUCGAUCAAGUUGGACACCUGGUGAAUUAUCUCGUUAUGUUCAAUUAAAAUUUGCUUGUGCAUUUUUACUUCCAUCAUUAAUCACAUGUACAUUUUCAUUUCGUUUAAUUUUAUUUCUUCAUCGUUGGUCAAUGAGAUCUCGACGUUUAUCAUUAUCACAUCGUUCAUUAAAUGUUUAUAAAAGACGUGCAACAACACUUGUUUUAUUAAUAAUAAUAUCAUUUUUUGUUCUUUGGUCUUCAUUGUGA